AGGAUAUAACCUUAUAGCAAACUUGAUCGAACAAAGCGCGUCGGCAAUCUUUGACCCCUCUACCUUCCUCCCCACAACUGACAAUUUAUUAUCCCCAGGUACAGAGUAACCUUACAUCACCACAAAGUUCUAGUCCUGGACACAGCGUUCGGUGUUAUCCAGUGUUGCCAAGUAGUUCCUGGAGUCUAAAACAACCCAUCAAAGCAUAGAGAUCAAUGGUCGAGCAUAUCUGUGUAAUCAUUCGAGGCUUUCUAUUGGAAUAGUUCCAAGCCCGCGUUUCACGAUGGGUCAAACAUCGGAAUUAGGAGCGCGUCCACGAGAUACGCCUCUGGAUACCGCAAUUAAUGCUUCAAUCUUUGUCGCCUUCAACGGAUUCCCAACUGGACCCCCUGCAUCCACUGAUCGUGAUACUAAGAUCAAGAAUCUCAAGCGUCACAAUCGUCUUGUUCGUGCGAAUAUCGUCAAAGCUUUCGUGGCUGAGAAAGAGAGGCUGUUGGAGAAGUUUAAAGACGAUAUUGCGAAGCAGAAAGAUGCUAUUGAAAGAGGAAGAGUCGAUCGAGUCGCAAUUUCGAUCAAGGAGGAUGCGAGGGAGAAGAAGAAUAGAAAGGAACUUGAAGAUCUCUCGUGGUUGAGAGGUCCGAAAUGGUUGUUGGAAUUGCAAGCAGAGGAUAGGAGGAGUGGAGUCAAUGAUGUUUCCCCACAGGAACUGCAGAAUAGGGAUAGGAGAUUGAGGAAGGAAAUGGAGGGACAUGAGAGUAAAGAGUAUGAGUGGAAUUCUAAGUAUUUCCGUGGCCCUGCGCCGGAGAGUGAGAAUGAGGAAGAGAACGAUGGAAGCAGGGAUAGCGAAGGAGAUGUUGUGAUGGGAGGAUUGGAUUCAUCGAGUGUGUCGCCCACAGAACUCGGUUCUCCGUUUAACACAACGGCACUUUUUGAGCUCGAACAAAAGCUGGAUCGAGACCUACAGCGAUUGUUGGAAGAGGGGAUCAAGAAGAUAAAGGAGUACGAUGUUCAUGCGGACAAUUCCGUAAAACAGUAUAAAGAUAAGUUGGCGCAGGAUAUCAUCAAUGGCCUUGGAUUGGACACAACGGAAGGUCAACAAUUGAAGAACACAGGAUCGAAAAUCAACCUACCAACUUCGUCCGGACCUCAUGUGGGUAUACUGAAAAAGAAGUCUGUUUCGAUGCAAACCUCUAUGGAUCCACCAGCAAAUUUCCCGAAGAAAUCGGUAUCGAUCCAGACUCCAUUGGAGGGCGGAGCUGAUUGUGGUAGUACUUCGAACAAGUCGGUAUCACUUCAAACUCCAAAAGAGAAAGGUUUUAGUCUUUCAAAGAAGCCUAUAUCAAUCCAAAUACCACCCAAAACUCAAAACGGAGUUUCGGGAAGACCACUUGUACAAAGUCCAAUGGAUAUUACUGGUAGCGCUUCGAAGAAAGUUUGUCUUGACGAUCCCUUCUGGACUGGCCCUUCAAAUUCAAGUUCAAGUUCAACUCCUCUGUCUAUGAAUACACCAACCAGUGCACGGAGCCAGGGUUCUUUUCCGAUGGAUGCUCCUACUGGACCAGCAAAGUCCAGACAUCCCUCAAAUUCUUCAAGUGGCCCUUCUACUCCUAUUACACCAAACGUUCCGACGGGGCCAGCAAGUUUCAAACAUUCCAGGCUUUCAUCGAGCUCCUCGAGUCGACCGCAGAGUCCCAAUAUGCCAAGCUUCCUCGCCGACUCUACGAAUGCCAAUGCAUCUACUCCCCGUCUUUCUCAAUCUCGAAGUGCGCCAAAGGAUUCUCCUUCGCCUCGUCGACCAUCUAACGCUGGUCUGCGAGGUGGUCUAACUUCGCUGUCCAUGGUCUCCACACCAUCGACAAAUUCUAAGAGUACAGAUUCCCACGCUGGCAAAAGUUUCAUAUCAUCAUUCACCUGGCUUCCAAAGCCUGGUAAUGCAUGCGAUUUAAAGAUUUUGAUCGGGGAUGAGAUUGAACUCACUAAACACGAAUCAAGGGAUGAUUAUAUUGCAUUUAACCAGACUUCUGGAAAGACGGGUCAUAUCGACAUCAAAUAUUUCAUGCAGGACAUCGAGCCCAUCGGACUGCUUGGCGUGACUUUCAUAUCUUCAAGCCGAUAUGUUCCAAAAUCUUUCAACAACUUUUAUGAUUUAGAGAUCGAUCGUGGUGAUGAAGUCAAAAUCACGUCGUACCACUCCGGCGAGGCAUAUGUGGGCUUCAAUAUGAGAACAAGAAGGGCGGGAAUUUUGAAUGCGAAAUAUUAUCUGAAGGAUAUUGAAGACACCGAACUUGCCAAAAAAAUUGCUACGCGACCUGGACCAAGUUACAAUGAUGAGGACGAUCCUCCUAUUUCACAUGUCGGUAAAACCUUCACAGCAACAAAUACCCAGAGCCCGAAACAUUCCAAAGACGUGGCUACUCUAAAUGUUAGAAUUGGCGAUAAGAUCAAAAUUACCAAGUAUUGGGGUGGAAGCAUGUUUGUGGGUUUCAACAAGGUGUCAAAGAAAACAGGGCAUUUCAACAUCGACACAUUCUGGAAGGAUGUCGAGAGAUCUAGUCUUGAAUCGCCAGGUGAAUCUAUCAGCAGACCAUCCACAUCCAAGAAAAUCCCCCAAAAUAGCAAGCAUGUACAUGUUGGUAAAACUUUCAUUGCAUCACACGACUAUUUUCCACGUAGUGAUGCCGUUGAUGAUCUGCCCAUAAGAUACGGAGAUGCCAUUGAAAUUGUCAAGCAUGACUUUGGUGACAUAUUUGAAGGAUAUAAUACCAGAACAGAUAGGAUGGGGCUAGUCAACAUCUCAUACUUUAAGAGAGACGUCAAUUCUGCCGAAAAAACUGGUGAAUCUUUCUCGGCAACGGGGUCUCGACGUUCCGAUGAUAACUCAUAUGAUAUUGGUAUCCCACAGACCGAUGGUAGCUACGACUUCGAUUAUUAUCCCCAAGUUGAUCCCGCUGCACAUGUUGGCAAAACUUUCAUCUCAUCACACACUUGGAUUCCUAACAAUGGCAGUGAUCUAUCAAUAAGGUUUGGCGAUGCUAUUGAAAUUAUCAACGACAAUUUUGAGGGAAACUAUGAGGGCUACAAUAAGAGAACUCAGAGGUAUGGACGAUUUCAAGCCAGGUUCUUUCAGAAGGAUAUCGAUGCUCUUGACUAUAUUGGAAAGCGUUUCACUGCCACACGCAGCCUGUAUAACCCAGAUUUUGGUGGUUUACAGAUUAACACCGGUGAUACCAUUGAAAUCACAAACGUCAUAGGACGAGAUCUCUACACGGGAAACAAUUUGAGCACCAGACAAAUGGGAGGCGAGUUCUAUAUGGAUCAAUUUCGAGAAGAUGUCGAACGCGGUCACUAUGCUGCUACUGAUGACAACCGAAGAUAUAACGAACACCGCCAUCUUGCAGAUGAAAUCCCGGACGGUCAUUCCGCUCAUGAACCUCAAGAUAAAGCUUCACCUCACCAUUGCAUCAACAAAGUCUUCACAGUAACAAGCACUCAGAGUCCUCGAGCGCCUUCAGACAUCACGCUAUUGGUCUCCAUAGGAGACAUGAUCGCAAUCGAAAAGUUCGUCUCCGGUUCCACGUUUCGCUGCUUCAAUAUUACGACUGGCGAGACCGGGCAUGUGAAAUUGGAUAACUACUGGAAGGAUAUCGAGGCUGCUGAGAGAUUAAGAGGUGGCAUGGAUGUUGACUCGCCUCCUAGUCGAAUCUCUACGUCGGAUCUUCUGGAAAAUGGUGUAAACCACCAGCUAUGGCAGCAAGAACAAUUGGACAAGAAAAAAUUCACCAUUAAAGGGCUUUCGCGGAACUCAUCGCGUGUCAGGGAGUCUUUCUAG